AUGAUAAUCACUUUAAAGGAUCAAAUCAAUUCAAAAUAAACAAUGUGGAUCAAUUUUUCCAUAUAUAUAAUACUUUUAAGUAAAUCAUUGCGCUCAUAUUUUAUUAGCUUUGUAUAUUUGUGUAUAUUUUAAAUUUAGAACAAGAAAGAGAAACCAAACCAUUUUAUUGGAUAUACUGUUCUUCCUUUACUUCAUUUCAAAAUGCUUAUAUUAAGCAAUUUACGUAGAGCCCUAAAAUUAUUUUGGAAUUAUUUAUUUACUCAUAUUCUUUCAUCUCUUUUAGGGAACAUUAAAACAAAAACUUUUUAAAAUAAUACUACCCUUUAUUUUAUUCUCAUACAUUGUAUAUGAAAUCACAGAUGAAAUAAAUGAAAAUUAGCCUUCAAUCACUUUCAUAUUUUAGAUUUUGUUUUUGAUAGUGGCUUUGUUCAAUGAAAUUCACAUCCAAUUGUUUAACAUUCAAGCAAAGACUCAUUCAACAAAUUAUCAAGAGGAAAUGGCCUGUUAACUAGACUACUUGAAUGGAAUGGUUAACUAUUUAAAUAUAGGCAUUUUAGUAUAUGAUCAACGUUACAAAUUGAUUUAUAGAACACAGCAUAUGGAUAAAAUCGAAUCUUUCUUAGAAUUUCAAAAUCAAACUGAAAAUAUAACAUACAACCCCAAUCGAUCAGAAUCCUAAAAUAUAGCCAAUCUCAAAUUGUUGACUCAAAAAUAAACCGAUAAUAUCUCCUUUUUAGAAGAUAUUAAAGUAAGCGGUUAUAGUUAAAAUGAGAGCAUCAAUAAAAAAAUUCUCACUUUAAGGCAAAUAAUUGAAAAUGCUUAAAAUAUUGAUUUUGAAUGCAACUAUUACAAAUUCAAAAUUAUAGGACCUAACCAAGAAAAACUGAGAUACUAUUUGAAAUUCUCAACUAUGAUCAAGAAAAAUUAAACCAUCUUUAUAUUUUCUUUUUAAGUAAAUAUUUUUUAUAAUAUUUUUUAGUUGAUUAAUGAGAACUAUGUGGAUAUAAAGAAAGAUCAAAAGUUCAGGAACAAUCUUAUAAGUUCAUUUAGUCAUAAACUGAAAACUCCUUUGCAUGCCGUCAUCACCUAUUUAGAAAUCUGCCUAAGCGAUUAGAAUUUAACUAAGUAAUUGAUAGAUACUUAUAUUAAACCUUGUUAUUGGAAUUCAAAGAUACUGCUCUAUACUAUCUAAGAUAUUUUAGAUUACGUUUCUUAUUAUUCAUAUUAGAGACAAAAUUUGAAUGUAAAGACCAUAAACAUAAUGAAAUUAAUAUCCGAAAUUAAGGACCUUAUUAUUACUUAAUGUAGUUAGAAGAGUAUUUAAUUUAGAAUCAACUACAAUAACGAAGAUUUCGAUAAGAUUUUGGAGACCAAACAGGAUAUGUAAUAUUUAAAAUGAUAAUUACAGAUUUUGCUUUGUUUAGUCGGACCUCAAUAAGUUGAUGAGAAUCUUGGUGAACCUCUUGAACAAUGCUUACAGAUUUACACCCUAAGGAGGAUUUAUAGAACUGGAUGUUGAGGAAGUAAGAAAUGGCGAUUCCAGAUUAAUUUAAUUUAUUAUCUCUGAUAGUGGUGUUGGUUUAAGUCAAUAGGCUCAAGAAGAGAUUGCUAAACAAAUGCAAAUGCAUCAAUAUUAACAAUAAUAGAGAUCUAGAAAAGUAUGUUAUGAAAUAAAAAUAUUAGCAAAGCUAAUUGUAAACUUAGUCAAUGGAUAAAGGCAAAUGCUCAUAAAGUUCAAAUCCAAAAAAUGAGGUUUUAGGCAUUAGUUUAAAAAUUACUACAAAACUUAUAUACUAAUUGAAUGGAACAUCUCCAUUCAAAAUAGAGAGCUUACCUGGCUAAGGAUCAAAGUUUUCAUUUUGUAUAGGAGAUUUAGAUUUACCAAGCGGUUUACAUCCUUAAUCUGCUCGAAGAAUUAAAAAUAUAUCCAUGAGAUCUAAUAGGAUAAUAGCAGAUUUCCUCACAUUGCAAUCAGAAACUAAUUAUGGGGUUGAGGAUGAAAAAACAGUAGUUGGACAAAUUAGGAAAAUAGAUCGUGUGAAGCCAAGUAUGCUUAAAAGUCUAAACUCUAAUUAUUUUCGUUAAAAUGCUAGGGUUACUCAAAGAAAUACAAAAUUAAUCCAAGGAACACCGCAAUUUCGAUAGACAUAGAAAAGGAGUAAAUAAAAUUUAGUUGAAGAAUCUGGAGCAAUUGUGGUAGUUGACGAUGAACCAUUCAAUCAUAUUUCUUUAGAGAUGGUUCUCAAUAGUUUAGGAUACAAUAGAAUAAUACAUUGUUAUAAUGGCUAAGAGAUUGUAGAUUUUGUAAAGAGAUAAAAGAAUAUCAGAAUAAGAACAGUUUUGAUGGAUGUUGAUAUGCCUGUCAUGGAUGGUAUAACUGCGACUUCAAUUCUUUCUAAUUUAAUGGAGCAAGAGAAAAUUAACCCAUUUUAAGUCAUUGCUUGUACUGCUCAUGAGGAUGAAGAGACUAAAUAAUAAUGUUAUGAAGCUGGAGUCGAAUAAAUAGUUGUUAAACCAGUGUUCUCUUCAAUUCUUAAGGAUGCACUAUAAAUCUAACAUUGA